AUGUUAAGAAAUGUACUUAAAGGGGAUAUUGAUAUUCGAAGUGCUAGAACAUUGGUUUCGAUGGCUGUUACGCACACAGAAAGACGGCUUCAUCAGAUGAUGUUUUCUGAUGGCGAUUAUGAGAGGAAGCCAAUUAUCAAGCCGAGUGGUGAUCGUCCAGUUGUUGAAGUACAGGAUUCUUUGGAAAAGGGUUAUUCUGUCGUACAUGUUCAGUGUAAGGAUCGGACAAAGCUUUUGUUUGAUAUUGUUUGCGCGUUGACAGACAUGCAAUAUGUUGUGUUCCAUGCCACUGUGAACACUUCGGAACACAGAGCAUCAUUGGAAUUCUUCAUUAGGCAUACAGAUGGAACCCCAAUUACUUCAGAAGCAGAAAAACAACACGUGAUUCUAUGCUUACGAGCUGCAAUUGAGAGACGAGCAUAUCAGGGUGUAAGGCUCGAGCUACGUACGGCUGAUAGACAAGGCUUAUUGGCGGACAUAAUGUGCACCUUCCGUGAAAAUGGCCUUAAUGUGACUCGAGCUGAGAUAUCCACAACAACGAGUGAGGCACUAAACGUAUUCUACGUAACAGAUCCAUUUGGGAAUCCAUGUGAUUCAGAGGUCAUUGAGUCUGUUCGACAUAAGAUUGGCUUGAAUGAAUUGAAAGUGGAGGAAUUGCCCUCGAUCUAUCACCACAGGGGAGACAAGCCCACAUUGAGUGCUACGUCAUCAUUCGGGAGCAUUGUGAGAAAAAAUCUUUAUAACUUGGGGUUGAUCAAUUCACAUUCUUGA